AUUGUGAACCAUGCCUUUAGUGAAGAGGAACAUCGAACCCCGGCACUUGUGCCGAGGAGCCCUGCCCGAGGGGAUCACCAGUGAACUUGAGUGUGUAACUAACAGUACUCUUGCUGCUAUCAUCCGCCAGCUAAGCAGUCUAAGCAAACAUGCCGAAGACAUAUUUGGUGAGCUGUUUAAUGAGGCUAACAACUUCUACAUCAGAGCAAAUUCUCUUCAAGACAGAAUUGAUCGCCUUGCUGUCAAAGUUACCCAGCUGGAUUCAACAGUGGAAGAGGUGUCACUACAGGAUAUCAACAUGAAAAAGGCUUUCAAAAGUUCCACAGUCCAAGACCAGCAGGUGGUUUCAAAGAACAGCAUUCCUAAUCCCGUGGCUGACAUUUACAAUCAGAGCGAUAAGCCGCCUCCUCUGAAUAUUCUGACUCCAUACAGAGAUGAUAAAAAGGACGGGUUGAAGUUCUAUACUGAUCCUUCCUAUUUCUUUGACCUCUGGAAAGAAAAAAUGCUACAGGACACAGAAGACAAAAGGAAAGAGAAAAGACGUCAAAAGGAGCAAAAGCGUAUAGAUGGCACAACCCGUGAGGUGAAAAAGGUUAGAAAAGCCAGAAACAGGCGCCAGGAGUGGAAUAUGAUGGCAUAUGACAAAGAGCUUAGACCCGACAACAGGUUGUCUCAGAGUGUGUACCACGGAGCAUCUUCCGAAGGAUCCCUGUCCCCAGACACUAGGUCCCAUGCAUCGGAUAUUACAGAUUACUCUUAUCCGGCUACUCCCAACCAUUCUCUGCACCCGCAGCCCGUGACCCCUUCUUACGCAGCCGGGGAGGCGCCUCCGCACGGGCCAGCAAGCCAGGCCCCCGAGCAUGAGUACCGACUGCCAUCUGCCUCGGCGAGGCACAUGGCUCUGAACAGACCUCAGCAGCCGCCCCCGCCACCCCCGCCACAGGCCGCAGAGGGGUCGCAGGCCUCCGCACCCAUGGCUCCAGCAGACUACGGGAUGCUCCCAGCACAGAUAAUUGAAUAUUACAACCCCUCAGGGCCGCCUCCUCCACCACCUCCUCCUAUGAUUCCUUCAGCACAAACUGCUUUCGUCAGUCCUCUCCAGAUUCCCAUGCAGCCCUCCUUCCCGGCAUCUGUGGGCUCCUCCUACACGGCUCCUCCUCACCCUCCCUCCUCUGGGCUCCUAGUCACAGCCCCGCCUCCUCCGGGCCCCCCACCUCCCCCACCAGGCCCGCCUGGCGCAGGCUCUUCUCUCUCUUCCUCCCCCAUGCAUGGCCCCCCAGUAGCUGAGGCAAAGCGACAAGAAACUGCACAACCACCAAUAAGUGAUGCUCGAAGUGAUCUUCUUGCUGCUAUCCGAAUGGGAAUUCAGCUGAAGAAGGUGCAGGAGCAACGUGAGCAGGAGGCCAAGCGUGAGCCGGUUGGCAAUGACGUGGCCACGAUCCUGUCCAGGCGCAUUGCCGUGGAGUACAGUGAUUCUGACGACGACUCGGAGUUUGAUGAGAACGACUGGUCCGACUGAGGCAGUGCGCAGGUGAACGGCUCGGUGACAAGGCUGGUGGCCAACAAGGAGACCACGUGUUGGAAGUGUAUUGAAAAUUUUAAGUGGUCUCAACACCCACUUAGUGAUAUUAUAAUCCUGUAGCUUAGCAACUUUUGUAUUAAUAAUGUGAUAUUGCUUUUGCACAUCCAAAAAUUCUGGGUUUUUUCAGUAUUUACUGUGUAAUACUUAAGUGCCACUAAACAUAGCAACUCAUACUGCACAUGAGGAAAUAUGCUGUAACUACUGCAUUGUCCUGAAAACAGCGCUCUGCUUCCUUUUUCUUGGCCAUGACAGUAUUUAGUGCAGUUUGGGUUUACUGUUACUGAUCAUUAUAAUUCUGCAGACUUGCUGUGUGUU